CUGACCGCGUCGAGAUACAUCGGCGGUCGCUCGGGUGCGCGUCAAAACAGUGAGUGAAACAGCGGAACGUAGAGGUGGUGUGGCCGCGCAACCGAUAAUAUCGUUUCCAUUUUUUUGCCUGGAGAUAAGCGACGUUCGGAACGCAGGCAGUCGCGAGCCGCGAAGGCCAGGCCGUGAGCGCCGAGUACGCGCGUGUCAUGGUCUUCCUCUUAUAUAAGUGCCGUUGCCACGGAAUUACACACGACAGUACGUUGAUUCAUCGCGAAGCGAGCGCUCGCGCGGCAGAUAAGCGCUCCCUUUCCCUGGUAUACGCAAUCGAGAGCAUCUCCCGCGACUCCAGAGACGUCAAAAUUUUACGGAAUAACUUCAAGAUAAACGUAAUCGUGUAAAGUGCGAAGGACAACUAGAGAUGACUCUACUUGUAUAAUAUUUGUGUCAAAUACACCAACUCCGUGAGGAGUGUCGCAUCGCGGGAGAAUGUUUUACAAGCGCCACCGGAUCGAUCACGAUAAUACACGGUGACGUGUCGUUGCAAUUUGAGUCGUCGCGUUACCCCGCGACAUUGCUACCUGUUUCUUGAAAUAGCGAGUCCCUUGCUACUGUUUCGCACAGUUCGCGAGAUCAUUCAACAGCGCGCGGCGAGAACACGUAAAAAAAAAGAAAAAGAAAAAUGGGCAGAAACAAUAGAAGCAUCUUCACGUACGACACGUUGGUGCACGCGGCAUCCGGUGCAGCGGGUAGCGUCGUCGCGAUGGCAGCCUUUUAUCCCUUAGACACCGUACGGAGCCGUUUACAAUUGGAAGAAGGACGCCAAUCGAAGAACACAUUGGCGAUCAUACGAGAACUCAUUGCGAAAGAAGGAUCGUGCACGCUGUACAGAGGCAUCGUUCCCGUUCUGCAGAGCCUAUGCGCGAGUAAUUUUAUUUAUUUCUACACAUUCCACGGCUUAAAAGAACUGAGAAGCAAAAGAAACCAAACGGCCAGCAGCGACCUGCUUAUUGCAUCAAUCGCCGGUGUUAUCAAUGUCCUCACCACGACACCCCUGUGGGUUGUAAACACGAGAUUGAAGAUGAAAGGCGUCGGAGUGUCUUCGGAAAGAAAUAACAACGAAUAUACUACUCUGUGCGACGGUCUCGUGCAUAUAUGGAAAUACGAAGGUCUGCGACAGUUAUGGGCGGGAACUAUACCGAGUCUUAUGCUCGUGGCGAAUCCGGCCAUCCAAUUUAUGACGUACGAGAGCAUUAAAAGAAGGGUCGUCGCAUCCCUUGGCGGUGCUCAACCACCGGCGUGGGUUUUCUUCAUCAUAGGAGCGAUAGCGAAAACGGUUGCCACGUCGAUAACGUAUCCGUUGCAGCUCGUGCAAACGAAGUUGAGGCACGGGGACAAAUGUUCUAAUCUACCUCCAGACGCGGGCACGUUGCAAAUUCUAGUUUACAUUCUCAAGAAACAAGGAAUGAAAGGCUUGUACAAAGGGAUGGAGGCCAAACUUUUACAGACCGUCCUCACGGCAGCUUUGAUGUUCCUGGCUUACGAGAAAAUCGCACGAUUCGUUUUCCGAAUACUUCUGCACAAACCGCAUCUCAGAUAACGAUUCAUUCCCAGUAACGAUACUAUUGCGAAACAAGCUUAAGUCUCGAAAUUCUAAAUCAAAUUUUGUACAUUCCCACGUAUGUUAUCUUCUUUGUAUAAUUUCACGGACAAAUGUAAUAAAGUGGUAUUGAAUUUACUGUGCGCAAUAUGGUAA